CGUCAAAAUUUAAUGCAGAAUGAUCAUUAAAUUUGGGGAAUAAAUUAUUAAUGGGAAAAUGUUGAGGAUUGUGGGACGAUGGGAGAGUGGAAUCCUCUGCAGAUGGUGUUCGUCGCAGGGUGUCAGGUGGAAACGAGGGGCUGACUCUUUUCUCAACCCUAACAAUAGCCAAUACAUAGAGGGUAUGUACAAUUCUUGGUUGAAGGACCCCGAGUCCGUCGGAGAGUCUUGGGACCGAUAUUUCAAGGCCACUGGGUCUCCACCAGAGGUGAAAUCAUCUUCAGCAGUCAGACUCUCAACCAAACCUUCUAAUAUGCCAUCAGCUCAAAUGUCAGAAAUUAGCCCACCUGGGGGCUCGACGGAGACGACCCUGGACAUCGAUGCAACGAUUCGUGCAUAUCAAGCUCGCGGACAUCUGAUAGCGGAUACAGAUCCCUUGGGCCUCCAAAAUCCGGAUUCAGCGAAGCUCCAGGGAACCUUCAACUUACCACCAGCUGUGGUAGUUCGUCAACACUUGAAGGGAAUGACAGAUGUUGAUUUAGACAGAGAAUUUCCUCUCGGCUCCCUCACUGUCAUUGGAGGGGAUAAAAAACGUCUUCCACUCAGGGAUAUUUUAAUGAGACUUAAUAAAGUUUAUUGCGGGCAUUUGGGCCUCGAGUACACAUUUAUCCCAGACUUCGGACAACUGGACUGGUUGAGACAUAAAUUCGAGAUCCCAGGAGCUUGGGAGCUGCCACCAGACCACAGAAAAACAAUUUGGAUGAACGUGAUGAGAGCAGUGACAUUCGAAGGAUUUUUGGCUAAAAAGUAUUUGACAGAAAAAAGGUUCGGCCUCGAAGGAUGCGAAGCAUUUAUUCCCGCACUUAUCGAGUGCUUCGAGACAUCCGCAGAAACCGGUAUUGAGUCAGCGGUAAUUGGUAUGGCGCACCGAGGACGAUUGAAUACUCUAGUGAACGUUUGCGGAAAACCUUUGGACCAGUUAUUCACUCAAUUCAAUCCAGUCCCCCUCGAGGGCCUUGGAUCAGGAGACGUGAAGUACCACCUGGGGACCCAUUCAGAGAAAAUACUAGAUCGUACAGGGAAAACUCUGCGAAUUGCAAUGCUAGCAAAUCCCUCGCAUCUGGAGGCAGUGGAUCCACUAGUGGUGGGACGUGUGAGAGCAGAACAAGUUGCCCUGAACGACUUGAAGAGUGAAAAGUCACUGGCAGUUCUGGUCCACGGUGAUGCUGCAUUCGCAGGACAGGGGAUCUGCUACGAAGUGAUGCAUUUAACUAAUUUACCGGAUUAUACAACAGGAGGAGUCAUCCACGCAGUCAUUAACAAUCAAAUCGGAUUCACUACGGACCCAAGGUAUUCCCGAUCUUCUUCACACUGUACAGACGUCGGUAGAGUGGUCAAUGCCCCGAUAUUUCACGUGCAUGCCGAUGAUCCUGAUUUGGUGGCAUACUGCAGCAGAGUAGCUGCUGAAUACCGAUCUGUUUACCAUAAUGAUGUCGUCGUAGAUAUCGUCGGUUACCGACGUAACGGUCAUAAUGAGAUGGACGAGCCCAUGCUAACUCAACCACUCAUGUACAAACGCAUUAAAAAUCAUCCAAACGUACUCACUAUUUACACCGAUAAAUUAGUGAAAGAAGGAAUUAUUGACGAAUCUUUCGUUAAACAGGAGAUAGAAAAAUUUCGGGAGCAUUGCGAGUCGGAAUUCAAAAAAGCCCAGAGUAUAAGUACAAUGCAGAUGAAAGACUGGCACGAUGUCCCUUGGACUGAAUUCUUUGCUAAUCAAAGUCCGGAUAAUAAAAUUCCGUCAACUGGAAUUGAUCGGAGCGAUAUAAAGAGGAUAUGCGAGGCUUUUUCGACAAAGCCAGAUGACAUUGAUCCUCACUCGCAAGUUUUCAGGGUUUUCGAUAGAAGGCGAAAGCUUGCGGAUGCUCGUCAAGUGGAUUGGGCCGUUGGUGAGGCUUUGGCCUUCUCCAGUCUCCUCAAAGAAGGUCAUCAUGUCAGAUUAUCCGGUGAGGAUGUGGAAAGAGGCACUUUUUCACAUCGAAUGCAUAUCGUUCAUGAUCAGAAUAGGGAUAAAACUUGGAAAAAUAUGCUGAAUAAUGUAUUUCCUGGACAGGCGUUGUACACUGUUACCAAUUCACCGCUUUCGGAAUAUGGAGUACUGGGAUUUGAACUAGGAUAUUCUGCAUACGAUCACAAUACUCUGACUAUAUGGGAGGCUCAGUUCGGCGAUUUCGCAAAUAAUUGUCAGGUGAGGGUCUCAAAAAAAAAAUCUUGUCUGUCAAAAACUCCGGAAUGACACGAGGCAAAAUUCUACUCAUGUGAAUAUUUUGAAAAUCAAAUGUAAAAUCAAAUUUUUCACAGCACUCCACAUUUUUUUUUCUGCCAUUUUGUUU